AUGCCGAACAGAUCAAAUCGCGUGCUCUAUCGUCAGCGUGUCGAUGACGCAUCCUCCAUGGCCCCCUCCAACACCACAUCGACCGUUCCUCCACCGCCUGUCCAACGCGAGCAACCCAAUCUCAAGGAAUUGAAGGCACAGCCCACAACGCGCAAACACAGUUACGGAAGGCUCUGCAAGGAUACAACCUUCGGAAAGCUGUCUGGACCGAGCGAAUCCCGCCCAAACCCAAAAACAGCUCAGCUUGCCCCUGCCAACGCGAUCCCUCGUCUGAACCCACUCGCUGCCACCUUCAGACCCGAAACCCCCGCGAAGGAGCCCAAGCCUUUACCUCCUCACCGCUGGGUCGACCUCGACGGCGUCCAGAAACAGGUCAACGCCCAAGACGAUCUGUAUCUCAUCGAAACGAACCUCAUCCGUAUUUUUGCGAGCAAUAAAGGCCUCGGCAAACUUGCGGAGUUCCAAGAGCGAUUCGCGGGCGAGCAGUUUGAUAAGGGAGCGUGGAAUGAGCAGGUGCUGGAACGGCUUGAGAUGUCAUUCUCCCGAGACAAGGAGACGGCGGAGAAAGGUGAAACCGGGGAGACUAGAGGCGUCAAGACAGAGGGCCAGAAUCUUGCGGAGACGGAAGAGGAGUUGAAAGAGCUGGCCUAG